CGGAAGGAUACUGAAGGAGAGUGUGACAGAAGCUGUAGUUCCGGCCGCGGUCGGGCCUUGUUUCCCAAAAAUAGCGCGGCGCGGUAUCCGUGCGCCGGUGUCAGUGUCUCCUGAGGAGCCGCGGCGGGAGCGGAGCGAGUGGGGAGCGGCGGUGCUUAUAAGAAGAAGUAGGAACCGUUUCUCAAGCUGAAGACAAAGUAAAAGAAAACUGUAUCAUGUGUUAGAACACUGAAGAGAGACAUUUCUUGGAUUAGUUUAUUUCUGGAUUGCUAAGCAAAAGAAAGAAGAGGCAAAAUGGGGAGGAAGAAAAUACAGAUCACAAGAAUAAUGGAUGAACGGAAUAGGCAGGUCACCUUUACAAAGAGGAAGUUUGGAUUAAUGAAGAAGGCCUAUGAGUUGAGUGUGCUCUGUGACUGUGAAAUAGCACUCAUCAUUUUUAACAGCUCUAACAAACUCUUUCAGUAUGCCAGCACUGACAUGGACAAAGUUCUACUAAAAUACACAGAAUACAACGAGCCCCACGAAAGCAGAACCAACUCAGAUAUCGUUGAGACCUUAAGAAAGAAAGGCCUUAAUGGUUGUGAGAGCCCUGAUGCUGACGAUUACUUUGAGCACAGUCCGCUAUCGGAGGACAGAUUCAGCAAACUAAAUGAAGAUAGUGAUUUUAUUUUCAAGCGAGGCCCUGCUCUGAACAAGAAGGAACACAGAGGGUGCGACAGCCCGGACCCUGACACUUCAUAUGUGCUCACGCCACAUACAGAAGAAAAAUAUAAAAAAAUUAAUGAAGAGUUUGAUAAUAUGAUGCGGAAUCAUAAAAUCGCACCCGGCUUGCCUGCCCAGAACUUCUCCAUGUCGGUGACGGUGCCGGUGUCCAACCCCAACACUUUAACCUACAGCAACCCCGGGAGCUCCCUGGUGUCCCCGUCCCUGGCUGCCAGCUCCUCGCUCACCGACACCACCAUGCUGUCCCCGCCCCAGGGCGCCCUGCACCGCAACGUGUCCCCGGGGGCGCCGCAGCGGCCGCCCAGCGCCGGCAACGCAGGUGGAAUGCUGGGGACAACUGAUCUCUCAGUGCCAAAUGGAGCUGGUACCAGUCCAGUGGGAAAUGGGUUUGUGAAUUCCCGGGCUUCACCAAGUCUACUUGGUACCAGUGGUGGUGGGAACGGCCUAGGCAAAGUCAUGCCUACAAAGUCCCCACCUCCACCAGGAGGAGGAAACCUGGGCAUGAACAACCGCAAACCCGACCUCCGAGUUGUCAUCCCACCCUCCAGCAAGGGCAUGAUGCCCCCACUGAACACCCAGAGGAUCAGCAGCUCUCAGUCCACGCAGCCCCUGGCCACCCCCGUGGUGUCGGUGACGACCCCGAGCCUGCCCCCGCAGGGACUCGUGUACUCGGCCAUGCCCACUGCCUACAACACUGAUUACUCCUUGACUAGCGCAGACCUGUCUGCCCUGCAGGGAUUUAACUCCCCGGGAAUGCUGUCCCUGGGGCAGGUGUCUGCCUGGCAGCAGCACCACCUCGGUCCCGCGGCCCUCAGCUCUCUUGUCACUGGCAGCCAGCUAUCUCAGGGUUCAAACCUCUCCAUCAACACCAACCAAAACAUCAACAUCAAAUCGGAACCCAUCUCCCCUCCCCGGGACCGCGUCACCCCCUCCGGCUUCCCGCCGCAGCAGCCGCAGCAGCCGCAGCCGCCGCCGCCGCCGUCGCGCCAGGAGCUGGGGCGCUCCCCGGUCGACAGCCUGAGCAGCUCCAGCAGCUCCUACGACGGCAGCGACCGCGAGGACCCGCGCAGCGACUUCCACUCGCCCGUGGUGCUGGGCCGGCCGCCCGCCGCCGAGGACCGCGAGAGCCCCUCGGUAAAGCGCAUGAGGAUGGACACGUGGGUGACAUAAACCCGCCGUGCCGCCCCUCCAGCUCUGUUCUCCAAUGAACUGUCCUGACAUAUCUAAAUUUAUACAUAAGGACAUGAAUAAGUAUAUUUAUAUGUAUAUACAUACGUGCAUAUAUAUAUCUUCACAUGCAUAUAUAUGUGCUAGUGUGUGUAGCAUACACCAAUCAUCAGGCACUUACGACAAACUCUUGUAUAGCUGCAGCUGUCCCUUGGUAACAGUAACAGAACAAUCCCGUAGGUUUGAUCUCUAGUCUGGCACUUACCUGGACUCGUGUGUGGCCCCAGAGCGGCGUCCCCGCAGUGUCCCCUCCUCCUCCGCACCCGCCGGGCGAGGGCUCGCCUCUAGUACCGUCCCUGUGUGUAGUCAGCUCUAUGGUUACUCGUAGUUAAGAAAUAAUUGCUUUGUAGCAGCAGAGCAGUAGAAAAGCAGGAAGAAGAAAGCAAUACUGUACAUAAACUGACCUUUUAUUACCCAACCUGGCAUGGGUCUCUAUUGCAGAGGGUGCAUGGAGAAGGGCUGAUGCUAUAAGAAAUAAAAAAAAAAAACCAACAAAAACCCUGUUUUGCACGUGCAAAAAAAAAAAAUAGUGUAUUGGGUCAAAGAAGUGAUUUUUUUAAUGAGUGAAAGAGAGACAUAGAGAACUCGCAUGAAAUAUUCAGAAAAAUAUUAGCCUAGAAAAUAGAACAUUAACAAAAUAAAAUUAAUAUAUUAAGUUAUAAUUGGAAUAUGUUUGACAAAUUUGUUUUUACGUUCAUACCUUUGAAAAAUAUAGAAACGGAUUUUAGCUCAUGUAUAUUUUAUAUUAAAGAAAACAAUACCCUAAUGAAUUGAAGACUAUAUAUAAAGUUAUAUACAGUACUUUUGAACACAUUCUGCUAUGAAUUAUUUAUAUAAGCCAAAGCUGUAUGUUGUAGCUUUUUUGUAGAGUAUAGUUUUAUCUUAUUUUGACUUUCUAGUUUUUGCUUUCAAAGAUGAAAAGGAAAAACUUGCAGGCGGAACCUUGGGGGAAAAAUAAGCCAUGAACACUUAUAUGUAAAUUUAAAUUUGAGCCAAACUCUUUGUGUAUAUAGCAUCCUAAAUAUAUUAUCACCUUUGGUGUAAGUACCUAUGUAUUGUACGGUCACCAGAUUAAAAAGUAUAUUUUUGUGGAUUGACGCCAACUUGAAACAAGGCGAGGUCCUUAUUAAGUAGAGUAUUCACUGUUUAAUAUUUACUAUUUUGUUAAAUAUACUGUACUUUCUUUGGAUUUUAAUUAUUAUUAAUAUUAUUAUCCAGAUUUUUCAGAGGGUGUAUAAAGGGGUUGGCCCCCUCACUGGUGGUGAAUGUGUGCCGUUCAAUUGUAAUCUCUGUGCUGUAUGGUUAAGCUUCAUUAUACAUUUUAUAUAUAUGUAUAUAAAUAGCAAAGUGGCAAAAAAAAUCCGGUGUUAAGUUCAUCCUGCAUAAAUAUAAAAAAUCUGUUACAACACAUUUUAAGGCAUCAUUUUAAAGCUGCCUCUCCCGAGGAGGAAAAAAUAAAACCAGUGGAAAAACUUGACCUAAUUUCUCAUGAUAGGGAAAUGACACAUAUCAGAGGAGCACAAAAGGUUUUGUGAGUUGGCAAGUGGUUUGGGAAAAACUCGCUGCCUCCAAGAGAGGGAGGAAGGCAGAGCCCCCGUGUGCCGCGGGGCGGGGCCGGGAGCGGGGCUGGCGCUGCUGCGGGGCCGGGAUCCCGCCGCUGCUCCCGGCCCCUCCCGGCCCGCACCGCUGGCGCUGGGCGGAAGCUGCAGAGCCUGGGAUGGCCCGGACUCUGCAGAGUUUGCCCCGAUAUUUAUGAUGGUUUUCGCUUGGGCUUUAUUUUUUUUGCAGUUAAGAAAAUCCCUUGCUGCUGUAAGGGAGGGGCGAGCAGGGCGCUGUCCCUGCGGCCUCCAGCCCUGUCCCGUGGUCCUGGCAGGGGCGUGGAGGCGCACGGGACGCGUCCCCAGGGCUGCCGUGUCCCCAGGGCUGCCGUGUCCCCAAGGCUGCCGUGUCCCCAGGGCUGCCGUGUCCCCGUUCACUUGCUGCUCCCUGGAACCUUUUGCUGCUCUGACCAGUGACGUGAGUUCCAUGAUUUAUGCACCUGUAUGAACUUUGCUGUACAUCCGAGUGGGAGUUCUGCAUUCACAUUUACUGUCUAUUUUCUUGUGUGCCUUAUCAGAUGGCUUUGCUGACUGUAUCUCAAUAGUCUUUAUUUCUAUGCAGGUUUUUAAACAGUACUUAACUACUGUUUUCUUAAAGACAAAGCUACACAAGGGUUAGAGUUUGUAUUGAAAUUGCACCAAUGAAUUUAAAAAAACAAUGAAUCAAUUCUAAAGAGCUGGGCCAGGGAGCGGCCCCGUGACAGAAAUGUCCUUCCACAGCCCUCCGGUCUCGGGGAGCACCUCCUGCCACCGAGGACAUUGGAAUCCUGGUUUUUAAUAACACGUAACUCACUUUGAAACAUACUUUUUUAGAAAUUGUAAAAAUGUUUUAUAAAAAAAAAAAAAAGAUGACAUAGCACAGAUAUUUCAACAGGUUAAAAAAAAAAAACUUUUUAAAAUUAUCUCUGCUGACUGAAGUGCAAGUGGAUCCAAUCCUGGGCUGAACCCAGUCAGGUCUGAAUGAUUUAAGAUUUUUAUCUCUGUUGUGACAAAUCACCUCCAUCCUCGAGCUCUCACGAUAGUUUUGAGAACGCCACGUUGUCAGGGACUCGUCAGAGAGAACUGCUUUAGCCUUGCCUUCCCUCCAAGGACACUAAUGCAUCAGAAACUUGCGAGUUACUGUGCGCACAAGAAAUACAUAGUAAAUAAGGAACAAAACAACUCCUAACAAUUGAUCCUGGGCAGAAGUUAAAUCCGAAUGUGAAAGAAAGACUUAACCAAUGUAAACAUUUAAAUCUUAGUAGAACCUUUCUUCACUUUGCUGUGCAAGAGAACACUGCUUUGCUAUAUUUAAAAUGGCUUUUUUAAAAGAGAUUUAUGUAUUUGGUAAAUGUUUGUAGUCAACAGUUCACAAGAAGCUGUUCACGGUUUAAUGCUGAUAAGCCGUUUGGCGGCACAAGCUGGACUUUGUUGCCAUCCUUGAGACGAAUCUUUUAAGAAAAAAAGUAAGUUAAUCUCAAUUUUUUUCCCUGAAUGUGUUGUUUUUUCUUCAAUAUACAAUAAAUAUUCUAGUGAACUUUUUAUCAAAUGGUUAAGAAAAUGCUAGAGGUUGUUGUAAAAUAUUUGUAUCCUGCAUUCACUAAAGUAAAGAUACUGGCUUUUACUGUGUA